UGUGGCGCUAUCCAUGCCGGUGGGUUCUCAUAAGAAGCGCUGCUCUCCUCAGUCAGCCGCAACUUUUGCUUUCUUGCCUACCUCUGUUGAAUCUGGUGGAUCCUCCCUCCUCCCUGCCCCCUUGCUUGGGUUACACCCCUUAAGUUGCACCCAUUCAUUUGGGGCCAUUCACAUCCCGUGCACGGAUUCACUAAUCCGAGAGUGGACUAGAUGCGAGUGAGGAAAGGCAGUGUAGCUGUUCACUCCACCUGAAUGCGCCAAGGAGUCUGUGGCAGCCUGUUGACUACAUCAGCCACUAUGUAAAGAAAACUUACCGACACAGCUGUGUUUUAAGGUUUAGUGAAUCAAGUCAGGCCUCUCCUCAUGUAAAGUGUCCAGAGAGAGAGUUUUCUAUAGCCUCCAUCCAUCUUACUUCAGGCCGGGUGUACCAGGUAUCCAGGCGGCACAGAGCAGGACCCGAACUUCCAAUACAGUGAAAUUCGGGGUGAUGACGUCACACGACAGUUGCUGCAGAAUUUGCUGCAGGGGCUUCUAUAGCUGCAAUUGGAGGCAGCCAGUUGAAAGGAAGAGAAGGCAUGCAUGUUGUUGGUUCUCAGUUGUCACUCUGGUCUGCCUGCUUAUGCUAUGCUGGAUGUACAUUUGUCUAGUUACAUUCAACGACAGAGAGGAUGUUAACUGGAAAGCUUUCACGAUACUGAAACGGUGGGUGAACUGGUUCAUGGUGGUGAUCAUCAUCUCUGCACUGCUGACCAGCUACUGCAUUUUGCUACUGCUCUUUGCACUAUUCCAAGUUGUCUUGAGGGUGCCACUGGACUUACAUUGGGUGCACAAGAUCUUCCUGAUUUUAGGUGUCAUAUUCGUCGUCUUGGGCAUCGCAGGUAUAAGCAUCCAGUGGCAAAAAGAAUGGCCGACUGUUCUUCUGUCACUCCAGGCUACAGCUCCGUUCUUGCAGCUCGGUGCGGUUGGAGCCCUGACGUUGCUCAGCUGGUUUGUUUUCUGUGGCUUCCACAAGGCCAGAAGUGCCGGCUCCAAGAUCCUGAUCGCAGUGGUGUUUGCUGUGGUGUCAGCAGCCAUCUUCCUCUGUCCCUGCUUCAUCCACUCCCCUUGUCUUAUUGAACUGAACGAAUUACCUCCCAAACCUAAUCUCAUUGGCCACCGAGGCGCACCAAUGCUGGCUCCAGAGAACACCAUGAUGUCGUUCACAAGGAGUGUGAGGUGCAACGUGACAGCCUUUGAGACAGAUGUGCAGCUCAGUCAAGACAACGUUCCCUUCCUGAUGCAUGACAAUGCCUCUGGGUUCCUGCUGAGAACAACAGAUGUAAAAAAGAAGUUCCCCACACGAACCUUCAACCACAGCAGCAACCUAACCUGGGAGAAGUUACAGAGCCUGAACGCAGGUGACUGGUUCCUACAGACAGAUCCUUUCCAUUCAGUGAGCCAGCUCUCAGCAGAGGAGAGGGAGACAGCCAAGAAGCAGACUAUACCCUCCUUACGUGAGCUGCUUGACCUUGCCCAGAAGCACAAUAUCUCAGUCAUUUUUGACCUAAAAAAUAACGAGUACAUGGAUACUGUAAGGACGGUUGAGACCAUCCAGGAGUCUGGCAUUGCCCCAGGCCUGAUCCUCUGGCUUCCUCCGGCAAACAGAGAGUAUGUAAUGGAGAAGGCUCCAGGUUUCAUACAGGUCUAUGCCAACAUAUCUGCCAUGAAAGAGGAGGGAGGGAACCACCUGAAUUUGAAAUACAGCGCUUUGACUUCAGCAACAAUCAGGGAACUUCGGAGCACGAAUGUGUCAGUGAACCUGUGGGUGGUUAAUGAGCGCUGGCUGUUCUCUCUGCUGUGGUGCUCAGGGGCCAACUCUGUUACCACCAACUCCUGCCACCUCCUACAGGACAUGAACCAGCCUGACUGGACUCUGGCACCUCGUAAUUACAAAAUCAUAUGGAUUACAGUAGACCUUGUGUCUAUUCUGGUCAUGUGUGGACUCUUCAUCUUACAGAGGAAAAGAUACCGUUUAAAUCAUACAGAAGCAGGGGCAGAGAAGCCGUAUCCAGCCUGGAAUCAGAUAGACAUGUCCCCCUUCUUAUCCUCGGAGUAGCACGGCCUGGAUCCAGCAGCAGAUGGUUCUGUCCGGAAGCCGACAAACAUCCCUGUCCUUACCACCAGAAUGGUUCAGGCCUGGAUCAGGAAGAAAGGAAGCUGAUUUGAAUUAGCAUACCCCACUGUAUUUUGAAGCCAUGUAAAUUACAGAGUGUUCCUUUUUACAGAGAUUACAAGAUGUGAAUCAAACAUCGGCAUGAUGCCACAUUGGAUGGCGAUUUCAAUGUAUUUUGUUUGUUUUUAAUGGCCUGUGAGUCUCCACAGAGCGGUUUUAUUUUUUUAAACAGAUCUUUUAUGUUUUUAAAAUGGAAAAUGUGUCACUUUUGUUUGACAGUGUAGCCAUAAGAGACACAUGCAGACCUGCACUGGAUUUUUUUCAAGCUGUCACUUUAUGUCAGCAUGUCAGGUUUUGGUCAUUUGAGUCUUUUUUCCUCCAUUAUAACAGCACUGCCUGUAAAUACGUGUCUGUAACAUGAUUUUUUUUCUACAUUGUACUGUGUGCUCCUGUCUGUGUGGUGCGUGUGUGUGUGUGUGUGUGUGUGAGAGAGAGAGAGAGAAAGAGAGAGAACUGUCUAACAUGGGUCUGUAAGAAUGUCCAUUUUUAUAAAUUAAAUGCAGUUGA